AAUAUUUUGUCAAAUUCGUUAAUGAGUUGGGCCCAAUUUAUGAUCUAAAAUCAAGAGUAAGCAGGCCCAUUGAUAUUUGAAGAACUAAGAUAUAAAAUAGCCGAAUCCAAACCCUAAAUCUGCAGCGCCGUUGUCAUCCCUGUCCUCUCAUUCGCACCUGCUUUGUUUCCAUCGGGUUGUGUAAAAGAAGAAGGGAAAAAUGAGUCGAGGGGGUGCAGUUGGAGCUAAGGGAAAAAAGAAGGGUGCAACAUUCACCAUUGACUGCACAAAACCAGUGGAGGACAAGAUUAUGGACAUUGCUUCUCUUGAGAAGUUCCUUCAAGAGAGGAUUAAGGUUGGUGGCAAAGCUGGUGCUCUUGGUGAUUCUGUCACUGUCUCCCGUGAGAAGAACAAGAUCACUGUCACCUCUGACAGUAACUUCUCCAAGCGGUACUUGAAGUAUUUGACAAAGAAGUACUUGAAGAAACACAAUGUGCGUGAUUGGCUCCGGGUGAUUGCUUCUAACAAAGAUAGGAAUGUCUAUGAACUGAGGUACUUCAACAUUGCUGAGAAUGAAGGAGAGGAAGAAGAUUAAAUGUCUGAUCGAUUUUUAUUCUGUUAAGAACUUGUUUUAGCAUUUUUCUUAGAUCUAGCUUCCCUUUUUGCCAGUGUUGCUUGAGAUAUGAUGGUUUGUCUACAUCGGUUGCAAUUAAACAAUUUUGAUUAUCUAAGUGUUGUGCCAUUGUUAUUGAA